AUGGACGAGUGCGACGACGACAUCUUGGCCUUGUGCGUAGCCGACGACAGCGUGGCUGACGACCGCUUCUUUGAUGAGUGGCUCGCGUCAUUGCAGACGGGCGCGGCGGAGGGCCCGGACCACGACACGCCUGCGAGCUCGACCUCAUCUGACCUGGACCCGCCGACCAAGAAGCGCCAGCGCACGUCCCUGCGCCACGAAAUCCUGCACCUCCGCGCGAAGCACCUCGCCUUGACCGCGCAGCUACAAUCGCUUUCGGCCGAGCGAGCAGCAGACCCGGCCUCUUAUUCCGUGUGGGCGAACCGGGCCAAGGACCAAGCGACGUCGGUCCAGCUCGCGCGGCAAGAGAACGCCCGACUCCAAGAAAUGGUGCGCGACCAGCUCAAGUUUAUCUCGUCGCUUCAGCGUGUCAUGGCCAAGAAGCCCAAACUGUGCGACUUUGCCUCUGUGGCGCCGUGGGAGAUGGCGACGCUUGGGGCGACCGGGCGGCGCGAGGCCAAAGAAAAGCUCAUGCGGCACCAGUACGACAAACUCGAGACCGAAUGGAUCCGUCAUGGCCUCUACGAGUACGAGGCUGGUACAACCAGUGUCCGCAAGCGCUACAUUGAGUCGCAAGACGACGCGCUUUGGGUGCACUUUGCCGAAUGUCACUUCUGGUCCGUCGACUAUCAAGUGCUGGCCGACAUUGUGUGGGGGAUGUUUACGCAACAGCUGCGGUCCCAACCGCAUACGGACGGCAACUCGACGUACUUUCGCUACACGGCCAAGGUGGCCAGCGGUGCGAUCCCGCCGAUCGAUGGCCGCCUCUUCCUGCGUCGGUACAUAGAAACUGGCCGCAUUGUGUUUGUGUCGCGCUCGAUUCUCGACGACGCGUUGUUUCCUUCGGAUCCGACGCGAUUCCUCGACAACCAGUGCGCGUGGAUCAUUGUCCAGCGCACGGGCGAUGCAACCGCGAGGCUGACUUCGCAUGCACGCUUCUCGCCACCCUUGGUGCCAAGAGAAAGCACCGUCACGGAUUUCACACCGGGCAUGUACACCGAGUGCCUCCUCGAGCUCGCGGGGCACCCAGAAAUGCCCCUCGAACGUGCGAUUCAUGAUGUGCUUGAUGGCCAGCACACGGCUUGA